GGACGGGGGAAUUUUGCAGGUUUGAUUCCUUGAUUGGACAGGAGGUGUUAGGGGUGGGGAGAGAGCUGAUGGUGGGGGAUUCCACUCCCUCCCGCGUCAGUCUGGCCGGCUCCGUCCUCUCGUAGGCUCCGCUGUAGCUCGCAAUGUGACACCAGGACGCACACGCACUCGCGCGCUCUCCCCAGCUCACACUCCCUCGCCCUCUCUCUCCCAUACACGCGCACGCACACACCCACCUCUCCCAUAAACACACACACACACAUGCACACCCACACCCACGCGCGCCCGCACCGCCCCACGCGCGCACACUCCCGCCCACGCCCACGCCGCGCUCCGGGGAGUCCGGUCCCAGCUAGAGCGCGAAAGGAUACGGAGAAGCCACCGGCGGGGAGUGCAGCGGCGCCCCGGGACGCGGCGCCCUCCCCGCGCGGCCGCCUUGGCUUGGGCUCGGCCUGGGGGCCGCCGGCCGGCGAUGGCCCCGGAUUGCCUGCUGCUGCUCCUCCUGGCAUCCGCAGUGGCCGCUAUGGAAGAAACCUUAAUGGACACCAGAACGGCUACCGCAGAGCUGGGCUGGACAGCCAAUCCUGCGUCAGGGUGGGAAGAAGUCAGUGGCUACGAUGAAAACCUGAACACCAUCCGCACCUACCAGGUGUGCAACGUCUUUGAGCCCAACCAGAACAACUGGCUGCUCACCACCUUCAUCAACCGGCGGGGGGCUCAUCGCAUCUACACAGAGAUGCGCUUCACUGUGAGAGACUGCAGCAGCCUCCCCAACGUCCCAGGUUCCUGCAAGGAGACCUUCAACUUGUACUACUAUGAGACGGACUCAGUUAUUGCCACCAAGAAGUCAGCCUUCUGGUCUGAGGCCCCCUACCUCAAAGUAGACACCAUUGCUGCAGAUGAGAGCUUCUCCCAGGUGGACUUUGGGGGAAGGUUGAUGAAGGUCAACACAGAAGUCAGGAGCUUUGGCCCUCUUACUCGGAAUGGUUUUUACCUCGCUUUCCAGGAUUAUGGAGCCUGUAUGUCUCUCCUUUCUGUUCGCGUCUUCUUCAAGAAGUGUCCCAGCAUUGUGCAAAAUUUUGCUGUGUUUCCAGAGACCAUGACUGGGGCAGAGAGCACGUCUCUGGUGAUUGCUCGGGGGACAUGCAUCCCCAAUGCAGAGGAAGUGGACGUGCCCAUCAAACUCUACUGCAAUGGGGAUGGAGAGUGGAUGGUGCCCAUCGGGCGCUGCACCUGCAAGCCUGGCUAUGAGCCCGAGAACAGCGUGGCCUGCAAGGCCUGCCCUGCCGGGAUGUUCAAGGCCAGCCAGGAAGCUGAGGGGUGCUCCCACUGCCCCUCCAACAGCCGAUCCCCUUCAGAGGCGUCUCCCAUCUGUACCUGCCGGACCGGCUAUUACCGAGCGGAUUUUGACCCCCCAGAAGUGGCAUGUACUAGUGUCCCGUCAGGUCCCCGCAAUGUCAUCUCCAUUGUCAAUGAGACAUCUAUCAUUCUGGAGUGGCAUCCGCCAAGGGAGACAGGCGGGCGGGAUGAUGUGACCUACAACAUCAUCUGUAGAAAGUGCCGGGCAGACCGUCGGAGCUGCUCCCGCUGUGACGACAACGUGGAGUUUGUACCCAGGCAGCUGGGCCUGACCGAGUGCCGUGUCUCCAUCAGCAGCCUGUGGGCCCACACCCCCUAUACCUUCGACAUCCAGGCCGUCAAUGGAGUCUCCAGCAAGAGCCCCUUCCCCCCACAGCAUGUCUCCGUCAACAUCACCACGAACCAAGCCGCCCCUUCCACUGUUCCCAUCAUGCACCAGGUCAGUGCCACCAUGAGGAGCAUCACCUUGUCAUGGCCACAGCCGGAGCAGCCCAAUGGCAUCAUCCUGGACUAUGAGAUCCGGUACUAUGAGAAGGAGCACAAUGAGUUCAACUCCUCCAUGGCCAGGAGCCAGACCAACACGGCGCGGAUUGACGGCCUACGGCCAGGCAUGGUGUAUGUGGUGCAAGUGCGUGCCCGCACGGUGGCGGGCUACGGCAAGUUCAGUGGCAAGAUGUGCUUCCAGACGCUGACGGACGAUGACUACAAGUCUGAGCUGAGGGAGCAGCUGCCACUGAUUGCUGGCUCGGCAGCAGCCGGGGUCGUGUUCGUGGUGUCAUUGGUGGCCAUCUCCAUCGUCUGUAGCAGGAAACGGGCUUACAGCAAAGAGGCCGUGUACAGCGAUAAGCUGCAGCAUUACAGCACUGGCCGAGGCUCCCCAGGGAUGAAGAUCUACAUUGACCCCUUCACUUACGAGGACCCCAAUGAAGCUGUCCGGGAGUUUGCCAAGGAGAUUGAUGUAUCUUUUGUGAAAAUCGAAGAGGUCAUCGGAGCAGGGGAGUUUGGAGAGGUAUACAAGGGGCGUCUGAAACUUCCGGGCAAGAGGGAAAUCUAUGUGGCCAUCAAGACGUUGAAGGCUGGGUACUCAGAGAAGCAGCGUCGGGACUUCCUGAGCGAAGCAAGCAUCAUGGGCCAGUUUGACCAUCCCAACAUCAUCCGCCUGGAAGGCGUGGUCACCAAGAGUCGGCCUGUCAUGAUCAUCACAGAGUUCAUGGAGAACGGCGCUUUGGAUUCUUUCCUCAGGCAAAAUGAUGGGCAGUUCACGGUGAUCCAGCUGGUAGGGAUGCUCAGGGGCAUCGCCGCGGGCAUGAAGUACCUGGCUGAGAUGAACUACGUGCAUCGGGACCUGGCUGCUAGGAACAUCCUGGUCAACAGUAACCUGGUAUGCAAGGUGUCUGACUUUGGCCUUUCCCGCUACCUCCAGGAUGACACCUCAGACCCCACCUACACCAGCUCCUUGGGAGGGAAGAUCCCCGUGAGAUGGACAGCUCCAGAGGCCAUUGCCUACCGCAAGUUCACUUCUGCCAGCGAUGUCUGGAGCUACGGGAUCGUCAUGUGGGAAGUCAUGUCAUUUGGAGAGAGACCCUACUGGGAUAUGUCCAACCAAGAUGUCAUCAAUGCCAUUGAGCAGGACUACCGGCUGCCCCCACCCAUGGACUGUCCAGCUGCUCUACACCAGCUCAUGCUGGACUGUUGGCAGAAGGACCGUAACAGCCGGCCCCGCUUUGCAGAGAUUGUCAACACCCUGGACAAGAUGAUCCGGAACCCGGCAAGUCUCAAGACUGUGGCAACCAUCACCGCCGUGCCUUCCCAGCCCCUGCUAGACCGCUCCAUUCCAGACUUCACGGCCUUUACCACCGUGGAUGACUGGCUCAGUGCCAUCAAAAUGGUCCAGUACAGGGACAGCUUCCUCACCGCCGGCUUCACCUCCCUCCAGCUGGUCACCCAGAUGACAUCAGAAGACCUCCUGAGAAUAGGGGUCACCUUGGCAGGUCAUCAGAAGAAGAUCCUGAACAGCAUUCAUUCUAUGAGGGUCCAGAUGAGUCAGUCACCAACGGCAAUGGCAUGAGAACUCUCAUUUUCUGGGGGGAGGAGAGGAAGGAAAAGGACCAUGCUCAAGAGGGAACCAGAGGUUGACCACUGUGGAAUGUUCUGGAAAGAGUGGCUUCUUAGCUAAGAAAUGCAUUACAUCAGUGAAGAAGAGACUGGACCUGUUCUUAAUAGGCAAUCUUCAUUUCUUAGUGACAGAAGCAUGUAUAAGAUGCCAUGGGAAACCAAAACAUAAUAAAAAUAUGAAAGGGUGAUGUUCGACAGAAGUGAAGACAAAACAGUAUGCAUCGGGGCAACCAAGAGUAAACUCCGCUCCCACUCGGGGCUGGAGUCACCGAUCCACAGGAAGAAAGGGAAGGAGGUAGAGGGAAGAAACAGAGGCAGUUUUCCAUUUUCUUCCUCACCAAUGACAUUCUUUUCUUUUCUCCUUUUGUACUCCUCCCCACGAGCCCUCUCCCUUCUCCCACAUCCAUUUCCCUUUGCUCAUGACUCGUGUAGGGAAGUUUCUUCAAACAAACCCCAGCUCCUGAGUCUCCAGAUGUCGUUCUGUCAGUUGCCAAAGGACUUUGCUGACCACUGCAUGGGGGAUCCAACCAAUUCAAUUAAUGUCUUCAUAUUGAAGAAGAGAUGUACCUUCAAUUGAAAACCUUGUUUUUCUUUUGUUUGCAUUUUCUGCAAAAAGGAAAAAGAAACCACAAAUUGGAAAAAAAAAAAAAAAAGAAAAACCUGUUUCCGUGUGCAGGAGCACACAUAUGUAUGUCUGUGUUAUAAAAAUGACUGUGCUUGUUCGUAACAGAUGCAAACAAGAAAGAAGAACCGGGAGAUCUUUGCCCCUGGAAAAUCCAAAGGGGCUGGAGCGUGUUGUUGGUUUGGUGUUCUGGUUGGCCCAGUUGGCCUAUUGGCCCAAUGGGGAGAGAGAGCAGGGUGAAAAAUAAAAUUAAAGGGGAAAAAACUCUCAGGAGCUUGCAAAUUCAGACAGGAAACAGGUGAGUGGUUUGAAUUGGAUGCAGUGUGGGCCAUUCUAGAAUGAUACUGACUGAUUAUUCUUGGUAACAUCUGAAGAGAAGGAGAAGGAAAGUGUUUCUGGAGAAUGUUCUUCCACAUCCCUAGAAUCUGUAAUUCAAGAGAUGGCAAGGGAGAAUUCUUCUUACCUUAUUUGUGGACUGGCUUAAGCCGUGUGGCAUCCGAGGAAUGUUUCAAAUGUGUCUGUGUUUCUCCGCAUUCCUUCUUGUACCUCAUUGUUCAAUUCACUUUUGUAAAUUCCACCUAACAUUUAAAUAUUUUUAAUUUCUCCUUUUAUCUUAAUCUCCUUGCUAAUUUUAUCUGUCUAAUUAAAAUGAGAAGAAGCA